AUGGGUAAUCCAGAAGGAGGCUACACUACUCAGCCUAUGAAUAUGCCACAACAACAGCAGUCACAGGACAAGCGUAGCGGUCUCACAAAGUUCUGGGGUAUCAUUAAGAAGAUCUUUAACGCCGUCAUUUUCGGUUUUGGAUUCACGAUUGGUAGUAAAAUUGCCAAUGCCAUCUUUUAG